AUGAGGCCCUCUGCUGCCGCAGACGACGGCGUGACCCGUGCGCCCUCGGAUACCACCGCGCCCGCUGGUGCCGGCGGAGCUGAGACCAUGAUGCCCACCGUCUCCGCGGACGGCGGUAGGCCUGCCGCGCCCUCGGACACCACAGCGCCUGCGGCGGACGGAGCCACGCCUACGGCUUCCCCUACCGCGGCAAUACCCGCUGCGUCCCAGAUGGCGACUGCCACGUCUUCUGGAGGAGCUCCGGUUGGCCCGAUCGUGGGCGGCGUACUGGGCGUGCUGGUACUUGGUGGGAUCGUCAUGGCCGUUGCGAUCAAGACCGGGUGUUUCAAGAGCUGCAGCUAUGGAACGGCUCCGAAUGCUACUAUCCCUGUCGGUGGGGCGGCGGCGGCGCCCCAGACAUCGAGCGUCCAGCCUGUAGGUUCUUCUGGUGAUUCUGCCACCCAGUAUCCCGUAGCUCACCAGUACCCCGUAGCUUAUCCAUAUCCCGAAGCGCGGGAGAGCUUGCCGGCAUCGGAGCGUUCAGCGAUAGAAUAGGCGUUAGUCUGCGCGCUUUUCACCAGUCGAGCAGUGCCACUUGCAGGCCUUCAGCAGUGCUCGGAACACGUAGCGUGUGAUCAUUGCGUCACCCACGACAUUUUCGGCGCGUACUCAUCGGUGAAGGGUAGUGCCGAGUUGCGCGCUGGGGUGCUGGUUAUUGAUGAGACAGACACGAGCUGGGGGAAACAGACUUUUUCGUGUCUGGUAGUGGUAGGCGGUCGUGUGAUGAACUCUUCGUCUCUUGAGACAUUAUACUCAUGACAAUGCCCAGGCUUUAGCGCCGACGGACGGCCGCGCGUAGCUUCUCGUGACGGGUCCUCCGUUAGCGUGCUGCUACCACCGUGCUCGGCGCAGAUUGGAACAUACAUCCUCGCCGGCGGACAGGUGAUGCGAGUGUUGUGGGGCGUUGAUCAGGGAACCUUAGAUUCCACACGUCGCCGUGUAAGUAUAUUAUUUGUAGGAAUGGCAUCGUCGGACACACUGCUGAAAAAAACUGAAGCAUGCUUUCUACACAAUUUUCAUUGUUUCUCUUUUUUGAAGAUAUUCUGUACUAGGGGGAACGAUUGGCCCCCCGCCCCCCAGUGGGGCGGGCGGCCAGCAUGCGCGGGAUGGGUGCGGCGAUUUGAAAGGCAGAGGAAGUAGAGGCGAUUAUGACAUCGGUACGAAAGAAGAGUGUAGGUUUCGGACGAUGUGAGGUCCUCACGUCCGUCCGUCCGUGGCGUAGAUAGUUGGUGGAAAAAAACAAAAAUGGAACCGAGGGGAAUUCUCGUGAUGAGGUCGAUGCCCGAUCACCAUCAAAUGUAAAGCGGAAGGAAGAGGGGUGUGGGACAUUUCCGUGAGGAGGGAAUGCGUGCAUGCAUGAGAUUGAACAUGAAAUCCAUUCCGUGUAUG